AUGGAGUGGGACCUCCCACUUGUGAAAAAUCUUUGGGAAAAGGAAACCAAAACGUUGGUUGCUGAGCAGAGGAGUGAAUCAAAUCCUAGUGAUGAAUUUGGAGAUAGUGAAGACAAAGAAGAUGAAACUGACAAGGUAGCAAGGAAUGCAGAUUAUAUAUCUAUUCCAAAGGAGAAAUUAAACAAAUCACAGAGAAAAGUUGAGUCACUGAUUAAGGCAAAAAAGAACUACCAGGCAAACCAGGAACUGAUUCGCUGCGUUACAUUUUCCCGAAUUGUUUUUGGAACUGAUCACUGGAGAUAUGCCCAAGCAUUAACCAACCUGGCUUAUGGAUACCUGACCCUGAGAGAACUCCCUGCUCAGGCCAAGCAACAUGCUGAGUCUGCAAAGAAUUCUCUGUUGACCUGGAAGGGCUCAGCAAUCUCAGAUACGGAUAAGAAGGAGAUCCUUGGCACAUUGGUGACCUUAUACUAUACUUUGGGGAUGUCGGUCCUCAUGCAGAACCAUGGCAAGGAAGCUUAUUACAAUCUUCAGAAAUCUGAGAAGAGCAUGGAGGAACUGUGGGAAUGUCCUGAGGGCCAGGCCACAGUUAGAGACUUAAAAGUCUCUGAGAAAGACCUCAUAAUUGCUUUGGGCAGAGCUGCUUUGCAACUUCACCGAUUGAACUUGUCUGUGAAUUACUUUGAAAAAGCAAUUACCCAUGUUAUCUCUUCCAAGGGCGAUUCCACAUCAGAACUGAUCAGCCUGUAUCAGGAAGCUGCACAGGCUGAACAGCUCAGGAAAAACCAUGACCGAGCCAUUGAACACUUGCUGCAGGCUCAUUCUAUCUGUGUGGCUUCAUACAAAGAACUCAGUGCUGAAGCUGCUAAGACAGGUUUCUUGCUAGCUAAAGCUUAUGCCACGUCUGGAGAGCCACAACACAAGGAUGCUGCUGAGCUGUAUUUUAAAAACAGCCUCAAGGCAUACCAAACUGCACUGGGCCCAGAUAAUUAUUAUACAUUGUGUGCCACUGAGGAAUUCAGCAAAUGGCUUCUCCAAAUUGGAGAAAAACAGGAGGCUUAUAAACUUCUGAAGAACUCACUGAGGUCCCAACUAAUAAGCUAUGGUGACUAUAGUGAGAAAGUGGCGGAAACUUUCUAUAUUCUGGGCAGCAUCUGCCUAGCCAAGGGAGAAAUAAAAAAGACCACUCAACUACUAAAAAAGUGUUUGGAAAUUCAAGUCCUUAUUUAUGGAACAGAUCACAAAAAAACCAGAGACACACAAAAACUGCUGACUUUGCUACAGAGGUUGAAGAUGACAUCUUUGAGGAAUACAACUGGUAUCAGCCCAGAUCCUAGCAGGUAG